UGUUCCAUCUAGUGAUGCAGACAGACAACCUGUCUCAAGAUUUGGUUGCUACAAACAAAAAAAGGGAAAAUUUCCAUCCAGUAUUUGAUCACUUAGGGUCUACUACACAGACAACCCGAAGUGCACCUACAGGAGAAUUUACUCAGGAAAUCAUUACACUGGUCCACCAAGUGAAAGAGAAUUAUUUUAAACCAUCAAAGCUAUCUUUGCAUGAACGAUUUUCACAGCUAGAGGAUGAAAACAAAAAAAGUGAUGUUGAGAAAGACACUGGCCCUGAAAUACACAGGCGAAUAGAUAUCUCUUUAACGGAGCUGCAGAGUAAAAAGACUCAGAAAAGUGACUCCACAAAGGCUACAAGUAGUGGUGGAACCAUUGAUGAUCCAAAUGAUCUUCGACAUGAUAUUGAAAGGAGAAGAAAAGAAAGACUGCAUGAUGAUGAUGGACAUCCAGGUAGAAGGAAACCUGAUAAGCAUGAAGCCGAAAGGAAUAAACGUGAUUCUUCAUCAAGACCUGAUGAUCACGUAGCUGAAGGGUCCAGGAAAGUAGCUAAAGGGUCCAGGAGGCCAGCUCCUUUUCUCAAACGUCCUGUGAGGAGGAUUGCUCCAUUGAAGAAGAUCAUCAGAAAGCCAUUUACUAAUGCAUUUCGCCCUGGGGAGCCCAAUUCAAAGCCUUACCCUCCCCCCAGAAAACCCUUUGGAGAAGUGCGAGGGAAGUUACCAAAAUUUAGAAAACCAUUUCAGGCCAAGUUGCGCCCAAGGUUUCCACCCUUAAAACCUCCUUUUUCACGUAAACGGCCAUUUGAAGGACAUCCUGAAGGUCCCACUUCAAGACCAGCUUUCCUACGCAAACGGCCAUUUGAAAACAUGCAUGAUGGUCCCCCUCCCUUUAAAAGAUUUUUUAAGGAUAGAUCUUAUGCUGGCGAUCGAAUGUCAGAGUCUGCCUUUUCACACAAAAGACCUUUGGAAGAGCAUAUGAGGAAUUUUGCAGUUAGAAGACCCUUCCAGCAUAAUUUGCGGCCACAAAGGUUGAUUGGACGACCAGUUUCUCAUAUUGUAAAGCAAAGUUUUAACAUUCAGUCUAAGUACUGGCGAUUACGAGGUGACCACUCAAGAGGUCGUGGUUCAAGAAUCUUCAGAGGAGGCUUUGAAAGGAAAGAAGGGGUAUUUGCUAUCCGCCGAGAACCACAGUAGUAAAAUCUGCUGUUACCUGGAAUGAGAAACGUUAGUAAUGGUCCUGAGGCACAUCCACUUCACCUGUGAAUGUUAACUCAAGAAUCAAACAGCUGCAUUAAUACUGGAUUUGUAACUUUCUUUAUAGUGGUUGUCAGCCAUUUCAUAAUAAGUAGUCUUUUUUUACAAUUUUAAAAGUUUGCCAGAAUUUUUUUGAAGGUUUCUCAUAACUCAUUUUAAAAAGUAAAUUGCAGAAUGAAUAAUUUUGUUGUAUAAGGUUUUUGAAAUAUUUUGGACAGUUGGCUGUAAAUAUUUGAACUACGAAGUAUGCUUUCUCAGAAGAAAAUAUUUCUGAAGAUCAGCAUCUUUCAGACAUAUGUUUCUUUCAUAUAUAUAAAAAAAAUAUAACUAAUUAUGAGCCCAGGAGUUUUAUGUUAGCAAUAUUUGUCAAUGUUUUAAGUGAUGAUUUCUUUACACUGUGGCUGUCAGGGUACAUACACUACUACAGUACUGCUGUUGCCCCAAUGUUUGGGUUGAAAAUCAGUCAUUUACAUUCUGAGUUGGUAUUUAAAGGCUGUUUCAGCUUUGAAACACAUUAUUUGUCUGAAAUUUGGUUUCUCUAUAGGGCAUUCUGCUGUAUCAAUUUCCCCUGCAGUCUUUGCAGCUAUAGUUGAAUUUAGCUAAGAAAAGAAGAUCAAGCCGUAAAAAUGUUAUAGGUGAGCUUUGCAUUUGGUGUAGAUUGAUUCAAAGCACAAACUGAGUUUGUUUGUGCUCAAUGAAUAUUAAAAAUCUUGUUUUGUAA